GGGGGAGCGUGGACCUUCGGCAGUUCGCUCGAUGACGGAGUUGAGCACUUCAUGUCUAGAGGCAAUGUAAUUGUGGUGAAGAUCAACUAUAGAGUGGGUCCGCUUGGCUUUCUGAGCACCGGCGACAACGUACUUCCUGGAAACUACGGCCUCAAGGAUCAGCGUCUCGCGAUACAAUGGAUCAAGCAGAAUAUCGAUCGAUUCGGCGGGGAUCCAGAGAAAAUAGUUCUUCUUGGUUUCGGCACAGGCGGCUCGUCAGUCCAUCUGCAUCUAAUGCACAAGGAUAUGGAGAAGUUAGUCAAGGGCGGCAUCUCCAUUAGUGGAACUGCCACUUCUCCCUUUGCUGUGCAGUCCAGUGGGCAUGAGCUGGCAUUCCAAUAUGCCAAAAAGUUGGGCUGUGACAAGCUCAAAACGUCAAUUAAACUGAAGGAGUGCCUGAAGAAAAUGCCAGCCGACAAUUUAGUUAGUGGUAUAAAAUAUCUGCAAGUCUUUGAAUAUGGAAAUUUCGGCGCAUUUAGUCCAGUCAUCGAGUCCCCCGAUUCGGAAAAGCCUUUCCUCACCGAAUUUCCAAUCGAGACCAUCAGGAGUGGAAGAUCUGCCCAGGUGCCGUGGUUGGCCAGCUACACCACGGAGAAUGGCAUAUACAACGCCGCCCUCUUGCUGAAAAGGAGUUCCAAUGGUAGAGCGAAAAUAGAGGAGCUCAAAUCUCGCUGGAAUGAACUGGCCCCCUACUUCUUUUCAUAUCCUUACUUUUGGAAGCGAUCUGAGAGGGAUAAUCAUUCCCGGAAGCUAAAGCAGCAGUACCUCGGCUACAGGAACUUCAGUGUGGAGAACUAUUUCGACGUGCAGCGCAUGUUCACAAAUGAGCUAUAUAAGAAUGGCGUUGAGGCGGCAUUAGACGCACAUCGAAAGUAUGGCGACAGUCCCGUCUAUGCUUAUGUGUACGACAACCCUGCUCAAAAAUCCUUUGCACAGUUACUGUCGAGGCAGAAAAAUCUAUUCUUGGGCACGGGCAUGGGCGACGAUUACUAUUUAAUGUUCAGCAAUCCAUUGCGCAAUCCUCUGAGAGUUGACGAGAAAAUUUCCUCAGUUAGGCUAGUCAAGAUGGUGGAGCAGUUUGCCCAAGCCGGCAACUUUUCCUAUGAGAACUGCGUGUUUCCAGACAACCGAGGCAAAAGGAACUUCCAGCUGUUGGCCAUCAAGCGCACCUACUGCAAAGUUAUGGAAGCAAAGUAUUUACCUGAUAUAGUCUCCAAAAACCUACCGCGAUCCCCUUUAAUCUCGUAUUAAGCACUUCUGCAAUUCCAGAACUGUUUCUAUUAUUUAUCGCCAUGAAAAUAUUUAAUAUAUGUUUAAGG